AUGGAAUCAAUUAUUCAUCUCUACUCCCAGGAUUCCGCUUGGAAGGACAAGGAACGUGGUGACGAGAACCGCUGGGCUCACGAGCGGGAACAACAGCAACUAGCAGAGCUCAGAGCUAGAUCGGGGGCCGAAAACGAAGUCCUCAAAGAAAGCACCGAGACGGUUAAAAGAAGGGAGGAGAUCGAAGGGGGAUACGGAGGGCAAGAGGACCUCGAAGAUCGGUAUGCUACCACGAGUGGGGAGCACUAG